AUGGAGGCGGGGGCGGGGCGCAUCUACUGGAUUGAUGCGGCCGAGAAGGCAAUCCGCAGCGCACGCCUCGAUGGCUCCGAUAUGGAGAUCGUUGUCUCCGGACUGCAGUGUCCUUCGGGCAUCGCCGUCGACGCCGCCAAAGGCGAGCUCUACUGGUCGGAUCUCGCAGACAGGAAGAUCCGCCGAGUGUCUCUGGACGGAUCAAACCCGCAGGAGGUUGUGGAGGGGUUGGCUGCGCCGAGUGGCACCUCCUUGGCCCUUGAUGAGGAGCGCCUCCUCUGGGCAGAUCUCUCCUUGCGACAGAUCCUAUGUGCCAAGCGCGACGGUAGUUCAAAGACUCCUCAGGUCCUAGUCUCGGACUUGAGCAAGCCGAAUGCCGUGGCCGUGGACGCCUUCAGCCGGAAGGUUUACUGGGGGGACUUCGGGACCCGAAAGGUGCAUCGAGCCUGCUCGGAUGGGACGCAAUCCGAAGUGGUGGUUCCCUACGGCAAGAACUCCACGAGCAUGGUUGUGGAUUCGGUCCGCUCCAAGCUUUUCUGGACAAACUUCGGCACGCACGCCAUCUACCGGUGUGAUCUGGAUGGCAGAGACAUGCAGCCUCUCAUUACCGGCUUGGAGGGCCCUAGUGCCGUGGCUCUGGCUCCCAGGGCUGGUCGUCUGUACUGGGUUGAGCGCACUGCUGGCCGAAUCCGCCGCGCCUGCGUUGACGGCAGUCUCGUUGAGGACGUGCUCUGCAACCUUGGAGAUCCAUGGGCGCUUGCCCUGGGUCCAGAGAGCCAAGGCGGACGAGAUUCAGAGUUUGGGGUUUGA